AUGCCGACAGAGCUCGACGCAUUCUCCAGCUUCACGUCUACAAAGGUGAGUGGUGUCUGGGUGUCGAUUACCUCUGCUAGCUCCAACCUGGGAUCUUUGCUUGCGCUGCUGGGCUUCCAGGCUCUGCCGCAACACAGGAAGCGACUGGUCCCAUCCAUCAUCAGCACAGCCAUACUUGCA